UGUGGCGCUGCGAGGUCCUCCUGCACUCAGAGGACGCAUGAGAGCCGAGGAUAGUCGGAGCAGACUGUAGCAAAGUUGGUGACACAGUCAGCCUACCUCCCAGAGUGACCAUGAGAGUCCUCCUACUCAUCUGUAUGCCAGUUCUGCUGCUCGCCCAGGCUCAGUACCAGGAACCAUUUCCUUUUUUGGAGGACUAUGGGCCGGAUUAUUUUCCAGACACUGACAAUCCUCAAUCUCCUGGAACCUACCAGCAGCAGGUUCGCCUCGAUCCAGUGGUCCGUCCAGAAAAAUCAGAGUCCGAUUUGGAGACGGAGCCAACAGAGCCUGGACCUCUUGAUUGCAGAGAGGAGCAGUAUCCGUGCACCAGACUCUACUCUGUUCACAAGCCAUGCAAGCAGUGCCUGAACAGCCUCUGCUUCUACAGUUUGCGACGGGUGUACGUCAUCAAUAAGGAGGUUUGCGUGAGGACUGUGUGCGCACAUGAAGAGUUGCUCAGAGCGGACAUGUGUCGUGAUCAGUUCUCUCGCUGCGGCGUGGCGGCGCUGAGCGGCCAGUGUGCAUCAAUAGGAGGAAGCUGUGGGAAGAGCUGUGGUGGCUGCUGAUCGAGAACAGAGUUCAGGGACACUACCUGCCCAGACACUGCCUCUUUUUCUACAACUCAUCCACAUCCUCUUGAUCUGUCCUUCUUCCUCCAUGUUUCUCCUCACUUUGCCUUUUGACUCCUGUAAAAGCUAUUACUCUUGUGCAAAAAGCUCUUGUUGUGUUCAUCUUUUCUUUCCACAUGUAUGUCUGCUCAGUAGAUCCUGUAUGUAUGGAUGAAUAACCUUCAAAAGAACAUUGAUGAUUGUAUAAAUCGCUGGUGCUAUAAAAUCUUCACACUGGUGCUAUAAAAUCUAUUAGAGAUGCACAUAAAACUGCAGAACAUCUUUUUGUUUUUAUCUUUUUUUGUUGUUUUUAGCAUAUUGUACCGUAUUAAUCUCAUGCUUUGUGUUUGUUGAUAUGUUACUGUACCUGUGUUUAAAAGCAGUCAUUCUCAUGAUGAUCAAGGUAUUAAUUGGUGGCCACUGUGCACUGACAUCAGACCAAACUAAUAAAUAUCCAGCCAUUAUAGAUCAUGAGAUGUGUGAAGAAGCAGGUGGUGAGUGACCUUAGUUUUUGUACUACUGCCACCUGGAUCUGUACUUAGCAACCAAGCAGCAAGCAUAUAUAUAUAUAUAUAUAUAUAUAUAUAUAUAUAUAUAUAUAUAUAUAUAUUCCAGUGGCAAUAAGUGCUUUAAAAGUGCUUCUCACAAACGGCCUCUGUACUACUGCUUUGUAAAACUGUCACUAUAAAGACUGAGAAAAAAAAAUAA